AUGAUCCGCCUGCCUCCUAGCAGUAUCUCCCUGUCGGAGAGUGACGUUGAGUUUCACUUGCGGCAAGCCGAGAUUUACCACGGCCUAUUGAGACAGGGGUUUGAGAAGCAUGAUAUCGUGCGGUAUCUCAAGGAUCAUCGCAAAGCCAUCUCAGAAGCGGCUGGCGGUGGUUUGGACGGCGAGUUAUUGUUUGCUUCCAGUACGGUUCAAUUGGCCUACCGACGUUCUCCAAACUCUUCGCAGGAUGAAGCGCUCCAACAAGGGGAAAGUGCCCAAUCUUCCCAGUCUAAUUUCCAGUGGGAAUCUGCGGAGAGGUCGACUCGCCAUUCAACACGGCUGUCUACAAAUUCUACUGAACAAACCGACGAGAGCGACGUGUCUGAACUCCCUCAAUCGGAGGGUAGAUCUGUGUCUCCCGUGUCCCUAGUACCAGCCAUGCAAGUCAACAAACAUGCACCCCGCAAAAGCUCUCUGCUUCGAUUUGCGACAGCAGCUUCCCGAGAAAGUUCUCCAACAGAUACCGCCGAAGCGGAUGAUAUACCUGUUCCGAUUGUCUCUUCCAACACUGCCAGUGAGUGGGAUAGGUCGUCUGGAUUUGAAGAGCCUUAUGAUCAUUCUUGUUUGCCAGACUGGGUUGUUGAGGAGAUGAGGCAGAUAUCACUGAAUAGCACAGAUGCUCAGAGGGGUUCGAUCAGUGGGCUGUCAGACGAUAUGCCCUUGCCACUACCACCACCCUUUUCAGCCACUCCUCGGAUUUAUUCAUCUCAGGACUUCGGUGCUGCGAGUCCAGUUGGCCGCCAAAGUCUUGGUGAUGCAUCUCAAGGGCAAUAUGAGUCGGCCUCCCUCCUACCCAUGUGGACGCAUCGUCGAAGUUAUACAGAGGGUACUAUCGAAGAGUUGCCGAGCUCCCCUCCUGUUCCCAGUGCAUCACCGGUGGAGGAGAUCUCGCAGGUGGACGAGCCAUCCACUUCUUCUGGGCUGCCCGCUACCCCGACGCCUAUCCGGAGAGCCCCCGCGUUCCCUCGCACAGAACCACAAAGCCACAGGCAUCGAUAUUUGGAUGGGAACUCGUUCUCAGUAUAUAACGAAUCACUUCCCGCGACGUCCCAGCCACAGACGCCUGCCGAUCUGGCUAGGAGACCAUACAUAACGGAGCACAAUGCUGCUUACACAGCUCCGCCUGGUAGGGUUCGAGUAGGGUCCGCUUCCACCUCGAACGUGGAUGGACAACGGUGGGAUCCUGAUGCAGGCGAACCGAGCCCCACUGUACGAGCCAUCAGUCUCAGGGAACGACGAAACAGAGAACUGCAACGGAGUGUACGGGUGGAUGGAAUGAGGCUGCGAAGGAUGAUGAUGAGGGACGAGACUUUGUUCACACAACGGGCAGUGGAAGCGCCGCAUCCCGGCGGCGAUGUUGGGCGGGCGAGAAACCGACCUGGACUAUUUCAGGCCAUGCUUGAUGAUUUAUGGAGAGACGACCUAGAUGCCGACCGGGUAGGCGAAGAGAAUUUUGAAGGUGACGCAGAGGUCAAUCGGCGCGGAACAAUGAGAGUUGUGAGCGGGAACGCGAGAUUCGAAGGC